AACUAAAAACACACACACAAACCAUACAGUCUCUCGCUCGUACUCUCUCGCUCGCUCUAGACUCGUUUGCGAUUGAAAUUUCAGAGGUUCAAAUUAGGGUUUAAGCAAAUUUUAGAUGGAUUAUAGCUCUGAUGAAGAAUCUGACAUUAGUGAGUCGGAGAUCAACGAGUACAAGGACAAGCCAUAUGAAGAGUUGAAGGCUGGUCAGUACAGAGUUAAAGUAAAUGGCGCACUAAGAUGUCCAUUCUGUGCUGGGAAAAAGAAACAAGAUUACAAGUUCAAGGAUUUGCUUCAGCAUGCCACAGGGGUGGGCAAAGGCUCUGCUAACAGGAGUGCGAAACAAAAGGCAAACCAUGUUGCCUUGGCAAUCUUUUUGGAGAAUGACCUAGCUGAUGGAGUAGAAUUAAGUCAGCGUCCUGUUCUGCCGCAGCCUGUCAAUCCACCUCCACAACAAUCUGAUGAAUUUGUGUUCCCAUGGAUGGGAAUAAUAACUAACAUAAUGGAUGAAGGAAAAGAUAGCAGCGCCUUGCAUGAUGGUAAUUAUUGGAUGCAGAAGUUUGCUGUCUAUAAGCCGAAAGAAGUUUGCAUAUUCUGGAGCGAAAAUGAGCAGAUUGGACAGGCUGUAAUAAGAUUUGACGACAAUUGGAAGGGUUUUAUGAAUUCUACUGAAUUUGAGAAGUCGUUUGAAAGCUUGCAUCACAGUAAAAAGGACUGGAAGGCACAAAUAGCCAACCGUGGCCCACAUAUUUAUGCAUGGUGUGCUCGAGCUGAUGAUUAUUAUUCCGAGGGGCCACUGGGACAUUAUCUUCAAAAGGAAGGAAAGCUGACAACACUUUCUGGCAUUGUGGAAAAAACUACUGAGAGUAGAAACGUUGUGGUGGCUCAUUUGUCUAGCAGGAUAGAUAAGACAAAUGAGAAUUUGGAUGAACUCCAGUACAAAUACAAUGAGACCGCCAUGUCCUUGAGUCGUAUGCUUGAAGAGAAGGAUAGGCUGCAAAAUGCUUUUUCUGAAGAGACAAGGAAGAUGCAACGGCUUGCUCGGGAGAAUGUUCACAGAAUCCUGGAAGAACAGGAAAAUCUGAGUGAGGAAUUGGAGUUGAAGAAGAGGAAACUUGAUAACUGGAGCAAAGAAUUGAACAAGCGCGAAGCACUAACUGAGCGUGAGAGACAAAAACUGGAUGAAGAUAAAAGAAAGAAUGUUGAUCAAAACAAUUCACUUCAAUUGGCAUCUACGGAACAGAGAAAGGCCGACGAGAGUUUCUUACGGCUUAUUGAAGAGCAAAAGAGGGAGAAGGAAGAAGCCCUAAGUAAGAUACUUCUAUUGGAAAAGCAGUUGGAUGCUAAACAGAAGCUGGAAAUGGAAAUUGAAGAGUUAAAAGGGAAAUUACAAGUGAUGAAACAUCUUGGUGAUGAAGAUGAUGUAGCCGUUCAGAAGAAGAUGAAAGAGAUGAAUGAGGAGCUGGAUAGUAAAAUAGAGGAUUUAACUGAUGUGGAAAGUCUGAAUCAGACUCUUGUUGUAAAGGAACGCCAGAGCAAUGACGAGCUACAAGAUGCACGAAAAGCAUUAAUUGCGGGUUUAAAUGAGACAAUGAACUCGGCAGGUCGGAUGCCUUUUAUUGGAAUAAAAAGAAUGGGAGAGAUCGACGAAAAGCCAUUCCACAACACUUGCAAGAAAAAGUUUCCACCUGAUGAGGCUCAAGUCCAUGCAGUGGCCCUCUGCUCCUUGUGGCAGGAACACAUGAAGGAUCCAAACUGGUAUCCAUUCAAAGUCAUCUCUGUUCCCGGAGGAGCUCAAGAAAAAACAGUGGAAAUAGUUAUUGAAGAAGAUGAAAAACUACAAGAACUGAAGCAGGAGUGGGGGGAUGAGAUACACGAUGCUGUUGUUACAGCUUUGAAGGAGGUGAAUGAGUACAAUCCCAGCGGGCGAUACACAGUUCCAGAGCUCUGGAACUUCAAAGAUGGAAGGAAAGCCACUUUGAAAGAGGUGAUUGCAUAUAUAGUGAAGAACAUCAAAGCUAAACGCAGAAGAGGUUAAUAAGGUUGGUUACAGAAUUUGGCCAUGGAAACUAAGCUGCAAGAAUCCAAGACUCUCACAGGGAGGCCAUCUGGAAAGUUAUUGAAAUGGGGUUUGUGUUCCCUGAUGAAUUAUGAACUCAAAUUUUAGUAAAAUGUCUAUUCUAGGUCUUUUAAACACAAUUAAGAUUGCAAAUUUUCUUGGUUGCGAUUUAUUAUUA